AUGAAUUUAAAUUUAUCACUUUCACAACAAAAUGAUAGGACCCUUGUGAGUCGUGAUUAUAAUGAAGGAGUUAGGAAUGAUGCUGAUGAAGAUAAUGAACACUCAGAUUAUGAGAGUUACACUGAUGGAGAUGAUGAAGCAGAAAUUUCGUUAGGCAGUUCUUCUUCUACUGAUGUUGAAGGCGAGUUUAAUUCCAACUUACAUAUACAAGUAACCGAAAAUGUAGGAGAAGAUACUGUAAUUCCUUUUUGGAAUGUUACUCCAAAGUAUAAGUAUAUUAAUUGGGAAUAUCCUGAUCAAGAAAUGGAUGAAAAACAUCUUCAAGAAGUCAAAUCGUGGGUUGAAGGAGAUCCUUUAUUUGUUGGCUUAUAUUUUGACAGAAUGGUCAACGAGGAACCGUCGGUACAUAUUUCAUUGAUACAAGAGCAAAUAUGUGCUCAGUUUGGAUAUAAAAUUUCAUAUAAAAAAGCUUGGAAGGCAAAGCAAAAAGCCAUUGUUAAAGUAUUUGGUGAUUGGGAUGAAUCAUAUGCUACCUUGCCUCGUUGGUUAGAAUACAUGCAAUUAAAUUCUCCUGGAUUUGUUUAUAAACUUGAAACAAAAGAGUAUGUGGUUGGUCAUCAAGUGAAUAAUAGGUAUAGAGUAUUUGAACGACUAUUCUGGUCAUUCGAACAAUGUCAUGAGGCUUUUAAAUUCUGCAAACCUAUAUUACAAGUGGAUGGGACGUUCUUAUAUGGUAAGUAUCGUCAUACGUUGCUAAUUGCAACAACUCAAGAUGGAAACAAUUGUGUUCUUCCAGUAGCUUUUGCAAUUAUUGAAGGAGAAACACUGUCAGCAUGGGAAUGGUUUUUGGCAUUGAUUCGUUUGCAUGUUACCGAUAGAGCAGGAAUUUGUUUGAUAUCAGAUAGACAUCAAAGUAUAAAAGGAGCUGUGUCAAAUCCACACAUUGGGUGGCAACCUCCAAAUGCGUAUCAUGUAUAUUGCAUUCGUCAUAUUGCCAGCAACUUUAAUCAUCGGUUUAAGAAUAUAGCAUUGAAGAAAGAGCUCAUCAAAUUGGAUAUAGAAAGGUGGAUUGAUAGUAUAUCAAAAGAGAAAUGGGCAUUAUCUUAUGAUGAUGAAGGACAGCGUUAUGGACAUAUGACUACAAAUCUUUCAGAAUCAGUAAAUAAAGUGUUUAAAGGUGCUAGAAACCUGCCCAUAUGUGCACUAGUUAAAGCCACCUAUGGACGAUUGGUUGAAUAUUUUGUGAAGCGUGGAGAAGAGGCCAUGUCUGACCUUCACAAUGGAAGCAUGUUUUGUCUCGCUUGUAUAGCCGUGAGUAUCAAUUUUUGGCAAUAUGUGGAUCCUGUUUAUUCAAUGCAAUAUGUUGUAAAUGCAUACUCCCCACAGUGGAAGCCCCUGGGAAAUGAAUGCAACAUCCUUACAAACUGCGAAUGGAAGUUAAUGCCUGAUGUUGACAGAGCAAGAGGUAAAGGCCGACCAAAAUCAACUCGCAUUAGGAAUGAAAUGGACUGGGUUGAGUCACAAACUAGACAAAGGUGUUCCAAGUGUAACGAAGUAGGUCACAAUCGAUGUCAUUGUCCUCAACAAAACAAUGUUGGUUAA